AUGGACUCCAAUUUAGAUCCAGGUGAAGGUACUUCAGAUGGUAGAGUUAAGCGAAAGCCAAAGCCAAAACCAAGUAUUCCAAAGAUCACAAUCAAAAAAGAAGUCGAUAUCAAAGUUGAGCCAGAAGACGAAGACGGCACUGCAAUGGUUCAAUACUCACCACCACCAUCGGCAGUCGAAGCGAGCGCCAUAAUCAAGUCAGAGAGUGAAAGCGGUGAAGAACUAUGGGUGAAGAAAGAGUUGAGAGAAGCCAUUCGAAUGCGAAAUAUGUGCGAAGGCUUUUACACGGAGAAACACUUGCGAACUCAUGUAAAGCAAUUGCCAUUUGACUGUUCGAAAUGUGGACAACGAUUUGCUGACGAAAACGCCAAACAAUCACAUGAGGAUCAUUGCAAACGUCGACGAUUCUCUCAAAAAGACCACGCUAAUCUUCACAUGAAGCGUGUUCAUCACUAA